AUGGUCAUCGUGGGGGGGCAGCAGUUCGAAGCUGAGUUUUCCACUCACCCUUCCUUCGUCAUCCGUGUCACAGGCGUGGACUAUGUGCUGCGUGUUUCCCCGUUUCCAUUGGGGUUUAGUUUCCUUUUGAAAAGCCCCUGGAGUGAGAGUGAAUGCUUGAAGCGGUGGCUGGUGGGGUUGCGUGGCCGGGGGUUGGACAGUGGCGAUUUGCUGCUUCACGUGACAUUUUCUUCUGGCUUUUGCUCAGGUCCCCAGGCAAGAACGAUUCUCAUGCAGUCAAGUCUGCCACAGGCGCAGCUGGCUUCUAUCUGGAACCUCUCUGACAUUGACCAAGACGGGAAGCUCACGGCGGAGGAGUUCAUCCUGGCCAUGCACCUCAUCGACGUGGCCAUGGCCGGCCAGCCGCUGCCGCCCGUGCUGCCCGCGGAGUACAUCCCGCCCUCCUUUCGGCGAGUUCGCUCUGGCAGCGGCGUGUCUGCCCUGAGCUCGGCCUCGGUGGACCAGAGGCUGCCCGAGGAGCCCGUGUUAGAAGACGAGCAGCAGCUAGAAAAGAAGUUGCCUGUGACAUUUGAAGAUAAGAAGCGUGAGAACUUCGAGCGCGGCAACCUGGAGCUGGAGAAGCGCAGGCAGGCGCUGCUGGAGCAGCAGCGGAAGGAGCAGGAGCGCCUGGCGCAGCUGGAGCGCGCGGAGCAGGAGCGCAAGGAGCGCGAGCGCCAGGAGCAGGAGCGCAAGCGGCAGCUGGAGCUGGAGAAGCAGCUGGAGAAGCAGCGGGAGCUGGAGCGGCAGCGCGAGGAGGAGCGGAGGAAGGAGAUCGAGCGGCGCGAGGCUGCAAAACGAGAACUUGAAAGGCAGCGACAACUUGAAUGGGAGCGAAAUCGAAGACAGGAACUAUUAAACCAAAGAAACAAAGAACAAGAAGACAUAGUUGUGCUGAAAGCCAAGAAGAAGACUUUGGAAUUUGAAUUAGAAGCUCUGAAUGAUAAAAAGCAUCAGCUUGAAGGAAAACUUCAAGAUAUCAGAUGUCGACUGGCCACCCAAAGGCAAGAAAUUGAGAGCACAAACAAGUCCCGGGAGCUGCGAAUCGCCGAAAUCACCCACCUGCAGCAGCAGUUACAGGAGGCGCAGCAGAUGCUCGGCAGGCUGAUCCCGGAGAAGCAGAUCCUCAAUGACCAGCUGAAACAGGUCCAGCAGAACAGUCUGCACAGAGAUUCACUUCUCACACUCAAAAGGGCCUUAGAAGCAAAAGAACUGGCUCGCCAGCAGCUCCGAGACCAGCUGGAUGAAGUUGAGAAGGAAACGAGAUCCAAACUGCAGGAGAUCGACAUUUUCAACAACCAGCUGAAGGAAUUAAGAGAAAUACAUAACAAGCAGCAACUCCAGAAGCAAAAGUCCAUAGAGGCCGAACGCCUGAAACAGAAAGAACAAGAGCGAAGGAUCAUCGAGUUAGAAAAACAAAAAGAAGAGGCCCAGAGGCGGACUCAGGAGAGGGCCGGGCAGGGCCCCGAGCACGGGCUGCAGGACGAUGAGCAUCAGCGGCCGCGGAGGCCCCACGAGGAGCAGCGCCUCCGGAGGGAGGAGAGCGCCCGGAGGAAGGACAGCGAGGACAGAGGCCAGCCCGAGGCGCAGGACCGGCUGGGCCGGCUCUUCCCGCAGCACCAGGAGCCCGCCGCGCCGGCCAUCCACUCGCCCUGGUCCACCGCAGAGAAAGGCCCGCUCACGAUCUCCGCCCAGGAGAACGUGAAGGUCGUGUACUACCGGGCGCUGUAUCCCUUCGAGUCCAGGAGUCACGAUGAGAUCAGCAUCCAGCCGGGCGACAUCGUCAUGGUGGACGAGAGCCAGACUGGAGAGCCGGGGUGGCUUGGAGGAGAGCUGAAAGGCAAGACGGGGUGGUUUCCUGCCAACUACGCCGAGAAGAUCCCAGAAAACGAGGUUCCUGCCCCCGCCAAACCAGUGACAGACCUGACCUCCACCCCCGCACCCAAGCUGGAGGUGCGGGAGACGCCCGCUCCCCCGGCGGUGACUGCGGCUGAGCCCUCCGCCACCCCCAACAACUGGGCGGACUUCAGCUCCACGUGGCCCAGCCCCGCCGAGAAGCCCGAAACGGAUAACUGGGACGCCUGGGCCGCCCAGCCCUCGCUCACCGUCCCCAGUGCCGGCCAGAUACGGCAGCGGUCGGCCUUCACUCCGGCCACGGCCACCGGCUCUUCUCCAUCCCCGGUUUUAGGCCAGGGUGAGAAGGUGGAGGGGCUGCAGGCGCAAGCCCUGUACCCCUGGAGAGCCAAGAAGGACAACCACCUGAAUUUCAACAAAAACGACGUCAUCACGGUGCUGGAGCAGCAGGACAUGUGGUGGUUUGGAGAGGUGCAGGGCCAGAAGGGCUGGUUCCCCAAGUCCUACGUGAAGCUCAUUUCGGGGCCCACCAGGAAGGCGGCCAGUGCGGAUUCCGGCUCCUCAGACAGCCCUGCGCCUCUAAAGCGAGUGGCUUCCCCGGCGGCCAAGCCGGCCCUCUCGGGAGAAGAGUUUGUUGCCAUGUACACUUACGAGAGCGCUGAGCAAGGCGACUUAACCUUCCAGCAAGGCGAUGUGAUUUUGGUCACCAAGAAAGAUGGUGACUGGUGGACAGGAACAGUGGGCGACAAGUCCGGAGUCUUCCCUUCUAACUAUGUGAGGCUUAAAGAUGCAGAGGGCGCUGGAACUGCUGGGAAAGCAGGGAGUUUAGGAAAAAAGCCUGAAAUAGCCCAGGUCAUUGCCUCCUACACGGCCACGGGUCCUGAGCAGCUCACCCUGGCCCCGGGCCAGCUGAUUCUGAUCCGAAAAAAGAACCCAGGUGGAUGGUGGGAAGGAGAGCUGCAGGCUCGUGGGAAAAAGCGCCAGAUAGGCUGGUUUCCUGCGAAUUAUGUAAAACUUUUAAGCCCUGGGACAAGCAAGGUCACGCCCACGGAGCCGCCCAAGCCCCCGGCACUCCAGGCAGUGUGCCAGGUGAUCGGGAUGUACGACUACACCGCGCAGAACGACGACGAGCUGGCCUUCAGCAAGGGCCAGAUCAUCAACGUGCUCAGCAAGGAGGACCCCGACUGGUGGAAGGGCGAGGUCGGCGGGCACGUGGGGCUCUUCCCGUCCAACUACGUGAAGCUGACCACGGACACGGACCCGAGCCAGCAAUGAAUCAUAUGUUGUCCAUCCCCCCCUCAGGCUUGAAAGUCCUCAAAGAGACCCACUAUCCCAUAUCACUGCCCAGAGGGAUGAUGGGAGAUGCAGCCUUGAUCAUGUGACUUCCAGCAUGAUCACCUACUGCCUUCUGAGUAGAAGAACUCACUGCAGAGCAGUUUACCUCAUUUGACCUUAGUUGCAUGAUGGCAACGUGGAGUUACUACUUGCAGAGAUAGAAGCAAAAAUUACAAACACACAGGGUAGUGGGUCCUUUUGUGGCUUUCCUAGUGACUCAGAUCGACUGCCCCCACCUUUGCACAGGUGCUUUCAAUAGUUUUAAAAUUAUUUUUAAAUAUAUAUUUUAGCCUUUUAAUAAAAUAAAUAAAGAAAUUACUCCUUUGCUAUUUUGGUUUUGCAAAAAGACCCACUAUCAAGGAAUGCUGCAUGUGCUGUUAAAAAUGUUCCAGAUGUCCGUGAAUCUGAGACUCGCCCAGUGUGACCAGCUCACGGGGCGGGCGGGGUCCCUGCGGGAGAAGCGCAGAGGGGGUCAGUGUGUCCAGCGAUUAAACAGAAGUGUUGUGCGUGUCUGUGUGUUCCAGAUGUACCUUGUGAGCAUGUAACAACAUCCUGUACAUAAGGACGUGGUUCCUUCCAUGGCUAACAUUAUUCCCUUGUACGAUGCGCUAGUCCAAUUGCAUUGGUUUUAUUUUGCACAGUGACCUUGUAGCCACAUGAGAAGCACCUGGGCUUUUGUUCGGUCUCAGAUUUACCGGGUUGAGUUGGUGUUUUCUGUUUGGGUUUUAAACUUUGCGUGUUUUCAUACCAUAAUCAGUAGACAAUGCCAUCGAGGUUGUCACGAGCAACAGUAUAUACACAAUCUCUUCGUGUCUGUUACAUGGCGUUUUCUCCCAGUUACUUUUCAUGGAAUGACUUACUUUGAACAAGUAAUUUUCUUGACAAGAAAGAAUGUAUAGACGUCUCCCUGCAAUUAAUUUCCAAUGUUUACAUUUUUUAACUAGACUGUGGAUUUCUACAGCGUAGAGGACGGGCGCACGGUCUGCGCCUGUGGUAGGUGUAGCUGAAGCCCUGUGUGUCUCUAAACACUAGUGGGACGCUCUCCGUAAGUGCCCGUGGCCGACAGCCCGCAGCACGGGCGGGGAGCCCAAGCACAAUCUAGCAGUUCUAACAGCGACUUUUUAACCGUAGCGACCUGUUUGUGUGUCUCUCUUGGAGACUGUGCUGGCUGCGUAGAGCCCUCCCUCGCUGGCGUGGCUGCGGGACCGCCCCUCCGCGCUCCCCUGCGCUUCAGUAUUUCCAUGGAUACGAAUGUAAAAUAUAUAAAUAUAUAAGCCUGCGGCUUUAACAACUGUAACUCAACUUUGGAAUAGUUACGUGUAUAGAUAAUUAAAUUCUUCCUAUGAAAGCUGAA